AGCAACAUCUCUGACAAUAGCGUAAAGUAACGCCACUGCUCACCUAACGCAGUACAGACCGUUCUGCACUAUGUCCGGCAAAGUGGACCCGUCCACGUAUCUAUACGACGUCCCGCCGCUGUUAAUGGAGUCGUUCUGUAAAGUGAUGGACAGCUGCCCUGACAGCCUUGGAUGGAGAGGUUUGGCCGCGCGUGUCCUGCCCAGUUGGUUGGACGUGAGGCACACGGAGAUGCACGCAGCCGCUGGCAGAAGCCCGACCCAUGAACUGGUCUGGUCCUGGGCGCAGCAGAAUAAAACUGUCGCAGAUUUAGUUCGGGUUCUGGAGGAUAUGGGCCACUAUCGAGCGCUGAACCUUUUUCAGUCACAGGGUAUGCCCAAUGCCUCUUCAACGCCUGAAUUUUCUAAGUGUCCUCAGACCAACAGUGAAGAGCCCAGUUCACCUUCAGGCCCUCACCCUGACUGCGUGUUUGGUCAAGCCAGAAAGCAAAGACCCCUGAUCACUUACGCAGAAGUCAUAGAAGGAACUAGGAACUUCCACCAGGAUUUGAAAAUUGGGGAGGGCAAGUUUUCAGAAGUGUACCGUGGAAGACGAGGAAAUGAAAGCUUUGCUGUCAAAGUUUUUAAGCAGGGGAACAAGGGAUCCUGGAAGGCUUUGUGGGAGAAGUUUAAAACAGAGAUUGAAGUUCUUCAACUCUACCAGCAUCCCAACAUCUUGGAGCUUUGGGGCAGCUUUUCAGAGGGGGAGCACUACUGCUUGGUCUCUCCAUUCCUGCCUAAUGGAUCUCUUUUUCAAAAACUGCACAGUGAGAAAACUGAAACACCUCUGUCAUGGAAGGAGAGGCUCGAUAUCAUCAAAGGAACAGCAAAGGCUGUGCACCAUCUGCAUACCGCACAGCCAUGUAUGGUUAUCUGUGGCAACAUCAAAAGUUCAAACAUUCUGCUGGAUGAGCAUUUACAGCCCAAGCUGUCUGACUUUGGAAUGGCCCGCCUGAGACCCCACUCUGUUAACCAAAGCUGUACCAUCAGUAUGGAGACAACCUGUCGCAGCAAUGUGGGCUACUUACCAGAGGAGUAUAUACGUGAUGGCAAGCUGUCUGUCAAAUUAGACAUUUACAGCCUUGGCAUGGUCAUCCUGGAGACAUGCACAGGCCAGAAAGUGAUACAAGAGGCACCAAAGCACACUUUACUGAGGGACAAGCUGAGUUUUGAAGCAGAAGAGAAAGGCUGUGUGGAUGCCUGCCUGUGCUUUUUGGACUCCAGAGCAGGGAAGUGGCCCACUGCAACAGCGCUCUGUCUGCUGCGCCUGGGACUGGAGUGUACGAGUAGCCGAGCCCGAGCCAGACCCAGUAUGGACACUGUGCUACAGAAGCUGAGCCAGCUUCUCCCUCUGCCCUUCCCACCUGAAGACCAGCCGCGGACGCUAGAUGACACAGCCCCUCCUCUGCUACCUGUCUGCAACCAGAGACCGAGCUCUAGCCUGCCUAUGGAGGAUGAUGAAAUGUGCAAUCCACUGGUGAAGCCCCAACUGCCACUAGAGUCAGGGCCCUGUGAGUGCAGCCAGUCAGAGGUCACUUUCCUGGGCACUAUGGAGCAGAGUGUGCACCCUUCCAGGGCUGCUCUGAUGGAAAACCAAAGAGACUAUGAGCCUGAGCUGGAUCUGUAUGGGAGCUGUCCAGUGGAGUGCAGCUGUGCGGCUGGAGCUGAAACACAGGGCUGUGAAGACUGCUGCGCCAAUGGCUUCAGCCACACCCCAUCGUAUAUCCCUACAGGUGAUGAAAGCCAGUCGAGUCAGAGCACUGUUGAGAAUCCAGCGAAGAGGAGGCUCAAGGAUAAAAUCCGGAUGUAUAACGAGGGCACAAUCAAGACAGAGGAACUUCUCUCAAUGACAUCAGAGUGAUUCAUUCACUGGAAGUAUUAACUCAAGUAUAACUUAAGUAUUCUGGUGUUCUUGGGGAUUUCAAGAAUACUUCACUGCAUGAGCUAAUUUUUUUAUUAUUAUAAUUAUUUUUGUAUUCAGUCUGAGACCAAGAAAACCUCUGCUAUUUAAGUCAUUUCAAAAUUAUAACUAGUUUUGUAUGUGUAUGUAGGUAAUUUUUGUCAGUUGCCAAAUACUGUACAGCAAGAAUUAUUAAAAAUA